UCCUGCCUCGGUUACUAUUCUUUCGGCUGGCGCAACCGAACCCUAACCUCGGCCCUCCCCUCUCCCACUCCGUCUUCGUCGAGGAGAACACCGGAAAACCCUGACCCUAACCCUAGCCGGCUAAACCUUAACCGUAGUCUCAGGAGGGGGAAAAAAAUCAAAGAAAGAUGCCGAAUCUGGAGUGCCGGAUGUACGAGGCCAAGUACCCGGAGGUGGACAUGGCGGUGAUGAUCCAGGUGAAGCACAUCGCGGACAUGGGGGCGUACGUGUCCCUCCUGGAGUACAACAACAUCGAGGGCAUGAUCCUGUUCUCCGAGCUCUCCCGCCGCCGCAUCCGCAGCGUCUCCAGCCUCAUCAAGGUUGGCCGCCAGGAGCCGGUCAUGGUCCUCCGCGUCGACCGGGAGAAGGGCUACAUCGACCUCAGCAAGCGCCGCGUCUCCGAGGAGGACAUCCACACGUGCGAGGAGCGGUACAACAAGUCCAAGCUCGUCCACUCCAUCAUGCGCCACGUCGCCGAGACCAUGGACCUCGACCUCGAGGACCUCUACAUCCAUGUCGGCUGGCCCCUCUACCGCAAGUACGGCCACGCCUUCGAGGCGUUCAAGUUGAUCGUGACGAACCCUGAAUCGGUUCUUGAUUCUCUUACUCGAGAAGUGAAGGAAGCCGGUCCGGAUGGGCAGGAGGUGACUAAGGUGGUGCCGGCGAUGACGCCGGAGGUUAAGGAUUGUUUGGUCAAGAACAUUAGGAGAAGGAUGACCCCGCAACCAUUGAAGAUACGAGCUGAUGUGGAGAUGAAAUGCUUCCAAUUUGAUGGGGUUCUUCACAUUAAGGAAGCUAUGAAGAAGGCGGAAGCUGCAGGCAAUGAUGACUGCCCGGUGAAGAUAAAGCUGGUUGCGCCUCCACUUUAUGUCCUCACCACUCAAACUCUUGACAAGGAACAAGGAAUAACAAUUCUAAAUAAUGCUAUCAAGGCAUGCACUGAAGAAAUAGACCGUCACAAGGGUAAACUCAUAGUGAAGGAGGCACCAAGAGCUGUGAGCGAACGGGAUGAUAAUCUACUUGCAGAACAUAUGGCAAAACUGCGAUCUGCUAAUGAAGAAGUUGAUGGCGAUGAUUCAGAAGAGGAGGAAGACACAGGAAUGGGAGAUGUGGAUUUGGACAAAUCGGGUAUUGGUUUAACAGAAUAAAAAUCUGGCAAUUGGAUUAAUAUUUUUAACUAUCCCUUUUUUUUAUGGGGGGGGGGGGGGGGGGGGGGCAUAUCAUUUAUUGUGAGCGAAACAGUCUGCGAUUAGGUCCUUUUAUGUCAAACAAUCUAAAAUGGAAUGCUGCCUCCUGCCUCAAGUUUUCUUGGAGGAUAAUGGCCGUUGUAUCGUGGUUUUGCAGUUUUGAUGUUGUCUGAAAUUAUUUGUUGGUACUAAAAUGAGGAGAUCCAAUGUAUGACCUCUUUCACUGUUUACAAUGAGUUUUUCGUGGCUCCA